CCUACUGUACUAUUUUUGCUUGGGCUGAUUCUGGAAAUGAAUCAAGUAGGGUGUGCAAAUGCGACUCGUUGGAUUAGGUUAGUGUUGUAACAAGGAAUAAUAAAAAAAAAGAAGAUACAAGAAAUGUUUUUGCAGAGACAUGCGAUGUCGUGGAAUAGGCAGAGAAAUUCAUAUCAAAUCAACCAAAUGGCCGAUGGAAGACUCUGGGUUCGUUUCAUCUACUGUAUGGACAUACGUGAUCGUCCGGCGUCCCUCCAAGUUCGGCCACGUGCUGACCGCACCGUUAUCCUCAUCCUGCUACUUCACCACAACCGUGUCUACCACGAUCGCACCGUCCAUGUCCACCGCGGUAGCACUGUCCAUCUGCACCAAGGUCACUCCGUCCGUGUCCACCAUGGUCACCUCGACCAUGUUCAUCGCGGUCGCUCCGUCCGUGUCCGCCACGGACGCGGCAUUCAGCUUCACCGCGGUUGCAUCGUUUGGCUCUGUCACGUCAUCCGCAAUGUCCGGAGCCGCACGUCCACCGCACGCGGUCCGAUGUCGCUCGACCCGCUCGUCAUCGGCCGCGUUCCACCGGCGUUUUCGCUAUCCUCCUCGACGAGUUCUUCAAAGAUUGUCGACAGUCAAUCAGACAGUUGCUGUUAUUCACGAAUUCGAUAGUAGACCAAAAUUCGAGUUUUUCAAGACUCCGAACGGGGUACUGUUGAUCCGCAAUUCAAAUCAAUCGGUCAGAAGUUUCGCAACCCGACGGAUCGAGAGACUAUGUUUAUUUUGUAACGGCUAA